AUGUCCCCUUGGGAGCAUUCUCCGCGACAGAAACCUUCCGCUCACUCUUUCUCCCACACCCACGGUACUUGCACUGCGAGUGCUCGCAUGGCUACCGCUUCCAUCCUCACGCGAUCCACCAGUCCACCCGUCGUGGCUACUUCUACGCCCGACGAACUCGACGACGAAGACCGACCAUGCCGUGCGUGUCGUCGCACCGGUACGUUACGGACUGACUGGCAGCAGGGUGAUCGGGUUUGCACCCAAUGCGGCGUCGUCGACCAGGGUCACGUCAUCGACACGCGUCCGGAAUGGCGAGAGUUCCACGACGACGCCGAUCUCGCCAAAGGCCGUCCUUCGCAAGCGCGCUCGGGUUUGACGGUGGUGGACGAAUCGCGGUACCUUGGGGGACUCCAACCCACCAUGCUCUCCACGAACGUCUACGGCACGGCCUCGUCCACGUCGCAGCAAACACGGAAACGCCUCUUGGUGGCCGCGCACAAAAUGGACCGACUCAUGGAACGAUCGCACGCGCGCGCGUUGGAGGCGGUCCGUGUCUCGCGCGCGGCGAACCGGAAACGUCGACGAGUGGAAGGACACCCGGUACCGGGAGCGGUGGAUCCGGACGAAGACGACGCGGAUAUCGACGCCACGAUGCGACCAGAAUACGAAGAUUUCGUACAGUUGGAAGAGCAGGAAGCUCAACGGUUGCAAAUUGCGUCGUACGGCGACAAAUGGAGCCUGGAACGGGCCAUCCGGUUGUACGGAUCCGCCUUGGAGCAACAGAACUUGUCGACCGACGACACAAUAGAUGACCGGGGCCAUCUGGAUGACGGAUUAAAACGUGCGUCUCGAGAUCUCUAUCAAGCGUACACAUUUCUGUCCACAGCGGUGCAAACGCUGGAGCUCACGGAUCGGGUGCAGCAUGAAGUGGUCGGACUGCUGGUUCGGUACGCAAAGUGUCGCGACGGCCUCCAAGUUCGAGGUGUGUCCUCCACGCUACAAAAGCGCCCCUCCACCAAAGCUACCUCUCCCAACGAGACGCAGCGGGCGCGUCGGAGUUUACGCGAAUACAAUCAGGCCAAGCAAACCGGUGCGCUUCUGGCCGCGCUCCUCUUUUAUACCGCCCGCAACCUCGGCUGGCCCCGCACCCUCGUCCAAGUCUGUCACGCGAUUCCUUUUCCAUCCCAGUCCUUGCCUCAUUUGGAUCUCAGAUGCGAGGACGGGGAGUUUAUUAAGCGAAAACACUGUUCCAAAGCCAUGACGGAAGUAAAACAGGUUUUCCCAGAUAUUUGCCGGGUGACGGCCACGUUGCAUGCGGUAUCGAACGUUUCGUCUGCCAGUAGCAGCAGUACCAAUAGCAACAGUAACAACUACAACAAGAGGAGCGAAAUUCCGCAACCACAGAGACUUCAAGACCAUGUUUCGGUAAUCAAUUUUGUCGAUCACGCCAUUCGCAAAUUACGUCUACCACCUGUUGCCGAAGCAUGCGUGCGGAUCUUGGUAUUGCGGUAUUGCCACGGAACAAAAGACUCUGCUUUGCGAUUAGGUGCCAUAACGGCUUCCUCAGUGUAUUUUGUUACACAGACGGGAGACAUUAUGCAGCGAUUGGCCAAGCAGGCUGUGAGCGGUAGCAAACCGUCCUUGGCAUCGAAGCACGACAAAGUGACGAGAACGAAUUCCUCGCCUACAGGUUUCCACAGGACAAAGUUGGAACUCGACGGUUUCACUGCCGCACGAGAUCCGUCGGCUUCCGCAAACGUCAAGCAUGAAGAUUUGUUCAGCGCGGAAGCAGUGCAGGAAUUUGCCUCGGAGCAAAAGGUGUACGAAAUGCGACGGGUGUGGGACGCUUGGUCGGAACAAACAACCUGGAUGCGCAGCUUGGGUGAGAUUGAACGAGCAAUGGGAGUUUCGAGACCAACGCUUGUGGAAGUCUUCAAGAAAGAGAUUUUUCCGAAGCGAGUUGAGCUCUUGCAGGCUCUUCAAGAUUCUGUCGAGACGAGUGAUACAGAGCAGAAGACUGUUUUGUCCGAGACACCAUUGGCCUCGGUCGGGAUCAGUUACUACAUUGAAAAGCAAGAGAAAACAGCGCAGAGGUGGAUGGAUGUCUCUGUUACUGUCAGCGCUUCUUAA